AUGGACGACGAGGCAGGCUUCACCAAGUUCGUUAGCGGCGAUACCGUCUACGCCCGCGCGCGCCGCCUCCACCGCGCGACGACCGGCCGUACGACCAAGCGCUUCGUCGCCAACUGGGACCUCGAAAUUUACCUCGAGACCAUGCGUCGGACGCCGCCGCCGCCGGCGCUGGCGGCGGCCAAAGACACGACCGACUAUGCUGCCGAGUCGGCCACCGCGGCCAAGAAGUUUAUGCAGCGAAUCCACAAGUCGGAAACGCACGGGUGCGCGAGCUUUAGCGAGUACCUUCGCUGGGACCGGCGGCGGUUCCACGACUAUGGCUGUGAGAAGCGCAAUUUGAAGCCCGACUGGGCAGGCGAGUACGACGACGACACGGCUGCGGCUGCCGACGCGAUGCAAGAGAUGCAUCUGGAUGCGUCGUCUGAAGCGCAAGAGAACGAGCUUGAGAACGACCUGCGUGAUGAAGACGAAGAUUAUGAUUUUUGCGACGACAUACCCGACACCAACGCUGGCAGCCCCCGACGUACUUAA